AUGCGUGAUUUCGAGACUCUUUCGAGCUGCCAGAAAAGAGACACGAAAACGACAAUCCGGUCGCCCACGCAACUGCCACACACGAGACAGACAGACAGACAGGGUAAGAAGUUGUGCCAAACCAGUGUAAAAGGGGCAAGGGGGCAACGGUUGUUAGCACGCAGCGCCAGAAUCGGGGGUGGCUUCUCGUUCGAUAAAGUACCAAGUUGGCGACCGAAAAAGGCUGCUUGUUCUCGUGUCAGAGGGGGCCAAUGCAAGUUGCUCAGGAAAAUAUGCCUUCUUGAAACGUGGACUUUGCAUUCUCACCUUCCCAAUAGCGGCCGUCUCAACCCUUUGAACCGACUGUUCCAAACGAGCUCGAUGAGAAUGGAGAAUAUGCGUUACCCACGGAUCUGGAGGAACCCAACAUCCACCAAUCCUAGCCUUGGCAAAGGUCUUUGGGUCCAGAUGCAGGCGUCAGAUCUUGAAACAUGUCGUCACUGGUGGUGUCCGUCGCGCAACAGCUCCUUGCUUCGCCACUUGGUCUGUGCUGACCCUGAGCUGCGAGGAAACCGGUUGUCCCUUCGCUCGAGACCGCGUGCCACGGCGACUCCACGUCAUGCCUACACGUGGCCGACAUCGGGCGGGUUGGGCGAGCCUCACGAGCCCGGCACGUCGAGAUCUGAGGCGGCCGCAACCGAAGCUGCCGAGGAGGCGGUAAAGAGGAGUCUGGAAGCGAGAGCCGAGGCC